AGCCCGUCAACGCCAUUUGCUAGCGAAGUAUCUCGAGUCUAAUAAGGAAGCCCCUUCGGUCGAGAAAAUAGUCGAGGAUGUAGUAGCCGCUUUAGAGAACUUCAGAAAAAAGUAUGAGAGCGAAACAGACGUCGAUAAAAAGAAGAUGUACGAAACUUCGUCAUCGACAGGAAAUUCUCUGAUCUACAUCGAAGUGUGCUUCCCUCCCACAUUUGUUGCGAACAGGUCACUUGCCAGCCUGCCAGUAGGAACUCCAACCGACGAGAAUCAGUCGCAUCGGCAACAAUCCAACGCUGCUGCUAUUGGAAGAAAUCAAUA